GCCGGGCCGGCCGGGCCGGGCAGGCGGAGAUGAAAUUCCCGGGCUCGGUGCUGGUCUCGCUGUUCCUGUUCGUGGCCGAGACGGCGGCGGCGCUGGCGCUGGGCAGCACGUACCGCGCGGCCGGGGACCGCAUGUGGCUGGCGCUCACGCUGCUCUUCGCCCUGCUGCCCUGCGCGCUCGUGCAGUUCAGCCUGGUCUUCGUGCAUCGCGACCUCAGCCGCGACCGCCCGCUUGUGCUGCUGCUGCACCUCCUGCAGCUCGGGCCCCUUGUCAGGUGUGUGGAAGUCUUUUACAUUUACUUUCAUGCGGGCAGAGUUGAAGAGCCUUAUGUCAGCAUCACCAAGAAGAGGCAGAUGCCUAAAGAUGGUCAUUCAGAAGAAGUUGAGAAGGAAGUGGGCCAGGCAGAGGGCAAACUUUUUACACACAGAUCUGCAUUCAGCAGGGCAUCUGUGAUCCAGGCUUUCCUUGGCUCCGCACCUCAGCUGACACUUCAGCUGUAUAUAAGUGUACUGCAGCAGGAGAUCACAGCAGCUAGAAGUAUCUUCAUGACCCUUUCCCUGCUAUCAAUUGUAUAUGGAGCUUUACGGUGCAACAUCUUGGCCAUUAAGAUUAAGUAUGACGACUAUGACAUCAAUGUGAAACCUGCAGCCUACCUCUGCAUAUUUCUGUGGAGAAGUUUUGAGAUUGCUACUCGGGUUGUAGUUCUGGUCCUUUUCAGUUCAGUCCUUCAGAUCUGGACCCUCCCUGUGGUGCUCGUGAACUUUUUUGGCUUUUUCUUUUACCCCUGGAUUCUUUUUUGGAAAAGCAAAUCCCCUUUUCCUGAAAAUAUAGAGAAAGCUUUGACCAGGGUCGGCACCACCAUUGUAUUGUGCCUUCUUACCUUCUUGUAUGCUGGCAUUAAUAUGUUCUGCUGGUCAGCAGUACAGCUGAAGCUAAAUGAUCCUGACUUAAUUAACAAAUCACAGAAUUGGUACAGACUGGCGGUAUACUAUGUGCUAAGAUUCAUUGAGAAUUCUUUCCUCCUGUUAAUGUGGUAUCUCUAUAAAACAGACAUCUACCUAUAUAUCUGUGCCCCCUUAUUAGUCUUGCAGUUGUUAAUUGGCUAUUGCAUGGCCAUCCUGUUCAUGCUUGUAUUCUACCAGUUUUGUCACCCAUGCAAAAAACUGUUUUCAUCUAGUAUUUCAGAAGGUUUGCUCCGCUGUUUCAAGUUACUCUGCUUUCCUUGCAAGCCAUCUAAGUGCAGCACACCAACAGAGAAGGCAGAGUUGAAAUCGCCAGAUAGUACUGAUGAUGCACAGAACUGUUACAAGACAAACGAGUCUCAGAAUGGGAAUCCUCAUCAAAGUGUUUCUUCCAAUGCCUAGUGUGGCUAGUUGUAAGCAGGCAUUGCUAGAAACUAUUGCACUGUUACACAAAGCGCAGUGUGUGUUGGAUGUCGAGCUUUGUUGGUCUCUUUGGUAGGUACAGUACUACAGAGUUACUUUGAUAUGCGUACCCAUAUCACAAACUUGACGUCCAAAUGUACGUGUACAACAAACUACUAUUUGUAGACUUGUACUGCAGAGUGGUCUCACACAGAGAUUAUCAUUGGCUUAUUUUGAAAUCAUUAUAGAAGACAUGUUUAAAUCCUAGUAAAAUGAACUUCAUGCUAGUCUAUUUUAUUUAGGAAAUAUGAGGAGAAUGGAAAGACAUGGGAAAUACUGGUUUUUCAUAGAGCAUUACUUCAGCAGACCAUGCUAGUACGGAAUCUAAGUGUAGUCUUUGACUGCAUUCUGACUAGAUAAUAAGAUGUGAUCCAUUGUGCACAUGUACUGUGAACUUUUAUUGUAAAAAUGUAUUGUGAACUUUAUUUUUGAAGUAAUGACAACUGUUAUUUUCUUACAUCCUGACCAUCUUUCUCUUUGUGACGCUGAAGUCAGACUGCUACCACGUAUUCUAAAUGAUGCUCCUUAAGAAGUAAGGUUACUUACAGUUAAUGCAGAAUACAGAAACAUGAUUAUUACUGAGAACAGGUAGAGAAGAUUAGGCAUUUGUAUUGUUGUAGUCUCUGAAUUUUCUGGAUUUUUUGGGUGCAAGGUUGAAGUUUAAAAUAUCAGCUAUAACAUAUGAAGUCUUGUAUGGCCUCAGUACAAUGUAUAUUGCCAAACUUCAGGCAACCUACAAUAAGUCUAGGACCAUCUUUUUCUACUAUAUCAGGCAGAACUGGAUUUCUAGAUCCAUGAGUUAUAUGGAGGCAGAAAAGACUUGGUCUCUCUCAUUUGACUCAUGUUAUAUCUGGGUUACUAAACACUGGCAUUUUGGAAUAACCUACCCUAUUGAUCUCAAAGGUUCCACAGAUUUGGAACCGUUCCCAAAAAGUGUUAAGAAACACCAUAUUUUUUCACAUACAACACACUAUUUAAAAAAAACCCACAUUUUGGCAGAUGGAUUUCCAAGAAAUAGAACUUACUAGGAUUAUUGGAAAAAGAGGGGUAAUUAAAAAAGUGAUAUAUUUACUGCAAUCAUGAAGUACGUGUUAACAGUUUAUUCAUAUUUGAUGUUUGUUCAGUGCCUUGUGUUUGUCUUUUGCCUAACACAUUGUGGGUGCUACUGGGAACAAGUAAUAAUAGAAAACCAUUAGCUAGACCCCCUUUUAGUACUGAAUGAUAGUGUUCUAUUCUCCUUUCAUGAGAACAUGAAGCUCUCUGAAAGAAAGGAUAAGUGUAUCAGGAAUGUCACAAGAUGGAAAGAGAGAAAAGUGUAGAAUGUUGCACAUGCAAUGCUGCCAGAGUGUAAGGUCCUUUUAUUACUGCACACUCUAAAUGAAUAUCUUUAUAUUGCAAGCUAACUCCAGCUUGUUGUUGUUUUGGUCAGUGUGUGUGUGAUAUCUAUAUUACCCCCACACACAUAUAUACACACACACAAACACACAUAUACACACAUAAUUAUGCAGUACCUCAUUGUAUUAUAAGGUUGGGUAGUACAAAGCGGUUUUUUGGCAUGACUUCGGCAUGGGAACAUCACUUGCAUGUGGGAAGUGACACAUCUCUGUUUAUUAGUCCACAUCUGCAGGGAGAUUUAUAAUGCUGGGACAAAUCCCUGUGCAUACUUCAGUAUUUCUAUGUAAGAAAAUGCAUCAUACAUAGAAGAUUCUUAAAAAUUGAAGGUAUAAAUUGGAAUUAAUUAAAACAGUUUGGAUUCAUCAGGUAGAGGCAAUAUCAAAACCAGUGUCAGCAUAGGUCCCCAUGACUUCUAAAACCUUUCUUAUCCUAUAAAUCACAUGUCUUAUAGAAGAUAGAUGAUGAUGCAGUUGUGAUUUUACCAUUUGGGGACAGUGGUAUUUCCACAAAUCCCAAAUCCAAGGGCCCAGUGCACAUGUGCAGUCAGUAAUGUUUAAUUUCACCUACAAACAGUUAAGUCAGUGUUAUAUGCUUUUUUGUGGAAACUGUUCCAUAUUAUAUACUGUUUUUAUACUGAUCUAUUGAAGUUCAUGUGUUGGCCACUAAGUACAUCAAAUAAUUAUUGUUGUGACCAUUAUGCAUACAUUGAGCUGCAGUUUUGAUAGGUUUUGCCUUAGCUAUGCAAAAGUAGCCAGUUAUAUUUGGAAUAAUGACUCAAACACUUCAUCCUCAUAAAUGCCAUUGUCUAAGGUUGCCUCAAAACAACACACCUAUAUCAGACCACAUGACUGCUGCCUAUGUUUCAUCUAGCUAUGCUGCUGUUGCCAAUGGGAUGAGGAGCUUGCGAAUAAAUUACAGAAGCAAGGUCCUUUGGAGUGUUGCAAUUCACACUUGCUGAGACUGCCCAGAAUUCUUACAGGUAAUGAGUUAAUCUGGCAUGCCUAAAAUUUUGCAUGCCUGCCAUGAAACAUUUUGGAAGAGUCUGAAAUUCAUAAAGUGCUGAGCAUCCACUCUGUGAAAAUCAGACUUCUCAAAAUCAGCUCCAGAAAAAUCAAGCCAACCAAAAUCAUCAGUGAGUCUUGAAAAAUCUUUUCCCUAGAGUACUGCUCCUUAUAUUCUCCAAGUAGAACAUUCAGGCCCAAAGUAAGAUGUAUGACUUUAGAACUGGGAACAAGUGGUCUGGCUCACUGAAAAGCAGGGCUGUAUUUUGACACACUUGUGUCAGCUCCUUUCAUGCAGUGCCUGAUUUAAACAUUGGCUGCAGACCCUCAUUUUAAUGCGCAUUUAAAUCCAUAUAGCAUAAUUUAGCUGAAAAAGUGACACACAAUACAUGUUACUUUUUUGUAUUAGUGUUUGAAAAUUCUAUUUUCAGAUAUUUGUUCCACAUUUGGCUAACCUCUCCUGUCAGCACACAACUUGAGUCAUCCACUGAUGUUAUUUUCAGCAGAACGAUGAAGGAUAUAGUUGACAAUCAGACAGCAAAGUCAAAGGUAAUCAAGGUGUGGAUGAAUUCAAUUGGACGGCAGCAGCCUUGUGAACUGCAGGGUAAGCAGGAAAUGAGGAGUUCAGCCUCUCAUCAACAGACACUUGUAUUAUAUUCGUGUCAUAGUUAUGUAUGCGUUCUGUUCUUGUAAACAGGCUGUCAGUAUUUUGUUCCAAGUGGUGCCAAACACAGUAAUAAACAAAUACAUAGACAUAUGCUUGUAUUUGCUGCUGUUCUGAAGUCUCUGCCCUUAAUAAAUUCGGUUUUGUUUU